CACUUCAGUGAUUUGGAGCUCGUCGUCGAAAACACCAAGUUUAACGUCCAUAAAUGCGUUCUUUCGAUGUCUUCUCCCGUGUUUGAGAAAAUGCUUACGUUAGAUUUCCUUGAAAAGGACGCCAAGCAAAUAGAUCUACCAGGGAAGAAAAGAGCUGAAUUUGGUGCUUUUCUAAGAGUGAUUUACGCAGACGUAAUUUCCCAAGGAAAGCAAAUCAACGAGGAAAACUAUGAGUUUCUCCUUCAACUUGCUGAAGAAUACCAAGUCAGUAAAGUCAAACAUCUGUGCUGCAAGUUUUUAAUCUCAAGUGUUGAAGAAUCCAAUUGUCUUGGGAUUUGUAAAGUAGCGGAAUCCUACAACCUUGAAGAUGUAAAGGAAAAGUGUGCAGAAGUGGCAUCUCUCAAACCUUGCCGUAUUUUAGAAAGUUGUGAAGAAUGUUUUGGAUUACAGCUUGAAAAAAAAGCAAUGUUGUCAACGGGCUUUCUUGUAAUUGUGACUUGCGCAGUAGCCACCAGCGGAUCCGGUCCCUUCAGAGGUGUCUGUAGAAGGAAGGGCAUUUUCCAGAAAAUUGGAAAAGAUCGAGUUUUGCAGAAUCACGUGAUAGUAAGUCAUGACGUCAGUUCCGGUCUGGAUUGUGCGCAGCAAUGUCUUGGUACAGCUGGGUGUAAGUCGUACAAUUUCCAAGAAACUGGUUCUCCAUUACAUAAGUGUGAGCUUAGUAACCAGACGAAGACCUUAAGGCCAUCGGAUUACGUCAUCAAAGUUGGGUUUUCUUAUAAUGAUGCUGAACACUUCGACGUACUUAAGUGUUCCUCGAGUCCUUGUCAAAAUGGUGGCACGUGCAGCUUCGUCGAUUGUUCUGAUUCCUUUGUGUGUUCCUGUAAACCAGGCUACACAGGAAAACACUGCGAAACUUGGAGUGGUUUCGACGGAUCCAGGUCCAGUCUUCCAGGAAAAUCCUGUCUGACCAUCAAGUCCCUUGGUCAACACACUGGGGAUGGUAGAUAUUGGAUCGACCCAACCAGCACAGGGAACCCAUUCACUGUCUACUGUGACAUGACAACAGAUGGAGGCGGAUGGACCCUCAUCAGGAAUGUCACUUUCCUUUCUUCGUCAAGCAAUGCAAUCCAAGCCCUGAGAGACUACCGCAAAAUAACCAGUCUCACCCUAUACCAGUUUAUUGAUCAACAUGCACUAUUGAACUUGAAGAAUGACAUGGGUUAUACGCAAAUUCGCUACUUCUGUCGCAAAGUGUCUGAACGAAGAACAUUUCACGUUAUGACAGCUAAAAAUGACCUUGGAUUUGAUGUUGUUAGAUACAUGGUUAUCAACGCAUCGCCAUUUCCCACCGUCUGCAAUUCAUUCGUUCGUCUACCAGACGAUAAUUCCAUCCUCGCGGUAAAUUGUGAUAAAUGGGGUUACGGUAAAAAUGGCGCAAGGAUGACUAACAAAUGGGGCCGUUACCCAUACAAUGGUGAUUGGAGAAUGUACAAGAGUCCUGUUACCUGGACUGGAGUACGAUUAGUUUCAUUUAUUCAAGGUGAAUAUAAGUGCGAAGACUACAAUACACACGCCCAAGCUGGCGACGUCUGGAAAAUGUUUGUGCGAUAGCUGAAAGGUUAAAUAUGAUCCGCGUGUGUUUAAGGCACGUCCUACAAAAUAUGACUUUACCCAAGCUAGGCCAGGAUGCACCUCGUUCCUUAUCCCAGGUCUAGCUUUGAGCAUGACCUUAUAAGCAUGAUGAACAAAGGAUGUUUGUACCCAAGCUAGACCAGAAUGCCUCUUGUUCCCUAUCCCCGGUCUAGCUUUGAUCAACACUAUAUAAGGCAUGAUGAACAAAAGAUGUUUGUACCCGCCCAAGCUAGACCAGAAUGCACCUCGUUUCUUAUCCCAGGUCUAGCUUUGAUCGACACCAUAUAAGGCAUGAUGAGCAAAGGAUGUUUGUACCCAAGCUAGACCAGAAUACACCUUGUUCCUUAUCCUAGGUCUAGCUUCGAUCAACACCUUAUAAAGCGUUUAAUUUUUUUCUAAGUACCACAAUUAAGAGAGUCCGGUUCGUUUUCUUUGCCUGAAAGACAAACACGUCGAAUUUAAAUCUAUUGAGCUGGGAGAAUCGUUUGAAGUUUCUCUACAAACUGAUAGACCAUUUUCAUUGAUUCGAUUAGAAUUUGUUUAAGUUGAGAAACCGCUGCAAUCAGGAACAAACGAAUAGAUAAACCCGCAAUCUGCUGCAUUAUUUGAGGGAUCCGCCAAAAAUUUACUCUGAAUCCGUAUUGCGGCAUCAGUAUACCAGUAGACCGUAUUUGCUCUAUUGAGCCACCUGGGUGCUUUUAGUGCUAGUAAAUGAAAUAUGGUUUAAGAGUUGAUUAGGAGUUUCAAAAGGUCCUUUCACUGGAUGUGAACUACACAAGACCAUAACUAUUUCACAUCCAUUGAAAGGACCUUUUUCAGAAUCCAUAUUAAUGUUAUGUGUUUUGAUCAACACAAAAUAAAAAAAUAAAAUAGACAAAAAGAAACAUGGACGAAUAUGAUUUAAGAGUUGUAUUCGAAGCCGCUG